AUGGCUCAGUUUGACGGUGUUGAAACUGCUUUGGCUGAAAAACUCGAGGGAACUUCGCUGGACGAGGUUACUCGAAUUCUCUACGGCCGCAAAUAUCCUCGCCUCGAAAUUCCAGCGGCUAUUGAAAAGCUUGCUGACGAUGGUAAUUUCCAAAUUGCUGGGUAUUCCAUCAGUGCUCAGCCAGAGCAGACAAGAGCUCCGCGCUUGGUUCGUGUCUGUGCCAUUCAGAAUGCAAUUGUGGCCCCAACUACCGAACCGGUUGUUGAGCAACGCGACGCAAUUCAUCAACGCGUUGGCCUAAUGAUUGAAGCCGCUGCUAAUGCUGGUGCAAACGUGAUUUGUCUUCAGGAAGCAUGGACAAUGCCGUUCGCAUUCUGCACCCGCGAGCGUCUUCCAUGGACCGAAUUCGCCGAAUCCGUCUAUACGGGACCAACGACAAUUUUCCUUUCGAAACUCGCCAAAAAAUACGGAAUUGUGAUCAUCUCGCCAAUUUUGGAACGCGAUGAGGAGAAAGAUGAUGUCAUCUGGAAUACCGCUGUCGUAAUCUCACACACUGGAAAUGUUUUGGGCAGGUCUCGCAAGAAUCAUAUUCCAAGAGUUGGCGAUUUCAAUGAGUCGACUUAUUAUAUGGAAUCGACUUUGGGCCAUCCAGUUUUCGAGACCAAAUUCGGACGAAUUGCUAUCAAUAUCUGCUAUGGCCGUCAUCACCCUCAAAACUGGAUGAUGUAUGCGUUGAACGGCGCCGAAAUCAUUUUCAACCCAUCUGCCACCGUUGGAGCUCUUAGCGAGCCGCUUUGGAGCAUUGAAGCUCGAAACGCCGCCAUUGCAAACCAUGUCUUUACUGUGGCAAUCAAUCGUGUUGGAACUGAAAUAUUCCCAAAUGAGUUCACGAGUGGAAACGGGCAACCAGCUCAUAAGGACUUUGGGCACUUUUAUGGUAGUAGUUACAUCGCCGCACCUGAUGGUAGCAGAACUCCAGCCCUUUCUCGUGUUCGCGAAGGUGUAUUGAUUGCCGAGUUGGAUUUGAACUUGUGUCGUCAAACCAAGGACGCUUGGGGUUUCCGAAUGACUAAUCGGCUAGACAUGUAUGCCGAGAAAUUCACCGAAGCUGCUGAUCCAGAAUUUCGUCCGGAUAUCCGAAAAGAGUAUUAA